AAGUACUAGGAUUGAAUAAGUCUGAAUUGCACAAUUCUUCCCGUACGAUAGCAUCUGUGACAUAUGCUUGAGCAAACGCGUGACAAUGGUUGCCCAAGCGAUUGUUCGGAGCCAGCAAACGGAACCAUUUGUAUAAAAUAUUAAGGAAACCAUACUUUGGGCCAGUGGUUGACGAGACGUAGAUAUGGGGAGGAGGAUAGUGCUUGUCCUGUGUGUGGGGUUCGUCGCUGCCAGUUACAGGAGUGAUGGCGGUUUUCUUCCCAGUCAAAACUACAACCAGCGAACGGAGGACCAGUUGGCAGAGCCUUCAGCGAGGGUGGACAAGAGUGAUGAGAGAUUGGAGAGAGAUAAUCCAGACAGGAAAGAGAGAUUCGGGAUCACCGGGUAUGGAAGCACGGGUUCAUACGGCGGCACCGCUCCCGGAGUGUAUGGGCCAGUGAAGAUCGACCUGGGUGGCGUGCUGCUGGGCUCCAUCCUCGGCUUCGGAGCGGUCAUCAUACUGCCCAAGAUCAUACACGCCUUCUCCUACGGAUAUGGGGGAUAUGGACGAAGUGCCGACUCCGACUUCUCCCAGCUGACCGACGUCCUCUCCCGCAUGGACGAAGCGCUCAGCAGAUACAACAUAGACUCCACCUCGUGCAUGCAGCGGCUGGCGUGCGCGUACGUGCAGCUCGCUAACGAGAAUAUGGUGAACGGGAACGCCACGGAGUUUGACGCGGUUUUGGCUAGCGUCUCCAGCAACACCCUCGUCCGGCGCAUGCUGGCCGGUACCCCGGUGUACGAGGGUAUAGCCGCCGGCAAGUCCGCCGACACUGACUGCCAGCACCAAUACCCCAAGUGCAAGAUGGACAAGAAGACCAUCGUGAAGGUCCUUACCCAGGUGCUUCCUUCGUGAGGAUCUUUAACGCAAUAGUUGUAAUAGUUUAAAUAAACG